GUUUCUCCGGCUUCCUUCGCUGGGAUGACCUCAGCCAACUCCACGCGGACGACGUCUGUUUCUGCGAUGGAUACGUCGCCCUAUUUCUAGAGAAGCGCAAAAACGACCAGUUUCGGGAAGGACACUGGAUCUGUAUUGCCCAAACACACAACAACACUUGUCCCGUAUCCCUCCUACGCCGCUUCCUCCGCACCUCCAAGUCCUCCGGUCACGUGAAGCUGUUCCGCCGGAUCGCCAACUUCCGUGACAACCUGUCCCUACGUUGCGAACCUAUCUCGUACACCCGAGCCCGUGAGAAGGUGCUGUUACUGCUGUCAUCCAUAGGACUUGACUCAUCCAAGUACGGCCUACACAGCCUACGCGCCGGUGGAGCCAGCGCUGCAACCGCCAUGGGGAUUCCAGAUCGUCUUAUCGCCCACCACGGGGGAUGGCGCAGCGUACAAGCUCGGGAAGGAUACAUCUUGGAAUCUGAAUCUUCAGUUCUCUCAGUCUCGCGCUCCUUAGGCCUCUAG